AUGUCAUCACAAACGUUCUUCCUCGUUGGUGAUGAGCCAUCAACUGCCCGCGGCAUCGUUGUCGAUCCCAAGUGGAAGCUUGAGGAGCUCAAGAGGGCUGUUGGUCUUGCCCACCAUAUUGCUGUGCCUACCGGCAUCACCUUCCACUUUGACGCCGAUGACGAACAAGAGCUCAAGACCGUCGAGGACGUUCUCAGGGCUUCUGGUCCUGUCGCCUGCAGAAUCGAUGGCAACCCUGUCCGCGACCCCCAGGGCCCCGAGGGUCUUCCCAUCGUCGGCUCCUACUAUGAAAUCUUCCCCGACCACUUGGGCAACCACUACAGACUGUUCCGCAAGUACGGCCAUGUCAUCAAGACCACCAACAUGGGCAGGACCAACUACCUGACCGACGACCCGGCCGUGGCGCUCGUGGCCCUCGCCGAAUCGGCCUACUUCACCAAGAAGAUCACCGAGGAGCACCCCCUCUUCGGCAUCAAGGACAACUCGGCCAUCUUCAUCGGCGACACCGAGACCGAGAACUGGCGUCUGGCCCACAAGUUCCUGCCGCCCGCCAUGGGUCCCAAGGCCGUCCGCCACUACACGCCUCUGAUGCAGGAGUGCGUGCGCGGCUCCUUCAAGAUCUUUGACGAGCUCGACAGCCGCGGCGAGUCCUGGAACGUGUAUCAGUACAUGGUCAAGCUGGCCUCGCAAACGGUCGGCAAGUUCGCCAUGGGUAUCGACUACCACCACUUUGACGCCGUCGACACGCCGGUGCACUCCCUCGUCACCAACAUCGUCAAGCUGCUGGCGCUCAACAAGAAGGUCACGGCUCGCGGCAGUUGGUACCAGCAGCUGCCCUUCGGCGACCCGGCUAGGCUGCGUGAGAUCCGCCAGAUCACGUACGGCCAGUUGGCCGAGACCGUCGAGUCCGCGCCCAAGUCGGGCAUCGAGAACCUCCCGCUCAACGAGGCCGCCACCAAGGCCUCGUGCGUGGCCGACUACCUGCUCAACGCCGUCGACGAAAAGGGCGAGCACUUCCCCAAGGGCCUGAUCCUGUCCAACAUGCUCGUCGUCACAGGCGCCGGCUACACCACCACUUCCGCUCUCUUGUCGUGGUGCAUCUACUGCAUCGUCACCUACCCCAAGAUGCAAGACCGGCUGCUCCAAGAGCUCAUCGACCACGGCAUCACCAGCGAAACCGAAUGGGACCCAGACCUGGCCCACUCGCUCCCCUUCCUCGACGCCUUCCUCAAGGAAACCCAGCGGCUGCACAACGCCUCGUUCCAGCCCGGCCGCACCACCAAGACGGACGUCGUGCUCCCCGGCGGCUUCCGCCUGCCCGAGAACGUCAUCAUGAUCCCGGCGCUGUACGCCAUCCACACCAACCCGGAGCACUGGCACGACCCGUUCCGCUUCGACCCGGACCGCUGGGACACGGAGGAGGUCAAGAGCCGUCACCGCGGCGCCUACAUGCCCUUUGCCACGGGCCCGCGGUCGUGCAUUGGCUUCAACUUUGCGCUGCUGGAGAUCAAGGUCCUCUUGUCCGAGCUCGUGUACAGGUACAAGUUUGCGAGAGAAGGGUUUGAGGCCAUCGAGUAUGAUCCCGAGUUCCAGCUUAUCAGGCCGUUGAACUUGUACGUGACUGCCAAGAGGAGGACCGAGUGGCCUGCUAAGAGCAGCGCGUAA